GGAAAACCAGGAAGUAUUUGGAUUCGAGAGAUAUGAAACUUAUUUCUCCACUAGUACACAAGUGACUCAGCCGCUAUUCUUUGGGGCAAAGCUGUAAAGCAAAUCAUAUUUGAGCUAUAUUUCUGUCGAGCCCUUCUAACAGGACAGAGACUGAGAAUCUGUUCAUCUUUGAACACUACAAAGAAAUGGCCGAAUCUGCAGUGAGUCAGUAUGUGGAUCAGUUCAGCUGUCCAGUCUGUUUGGAUCCUCUGAAGGAGCCGGUGACGAUUCCCUGUGGACACAGUUACUGUAUGAGCUGUAUUACUGACUGCUGGGGCCAGAAGGAGCAGGGGCCGCCGUACCACUGUCCCCAAUGCAGAGAGAGCUUCAGUCAGAGACCUCUACUGAAGAAGAACACUCUGAUAGCUGAGAUGAUGGAGACGCUGCAGAAGACGUCCCUACAAACGGCUGCUGUGGAGUGUGAUGUUUGCACUACAGAGAAGAACAGAGCUGUAAAGUCCUGUCUGCAGUGCUUGGCCUCCUUCUGUCAAACUCACCUGCAGCUUCACUAUGAAUCUCCUGCGUUUAUGAAGCACAAACUAGUCGAAGCUUCCAGAAACAUUCAGGAGAACAUCUGCCUCAGUCAUGGGAGACUUCUGGAGAUUUACUGUCAGGAUGAUCGUCAAUGCAUUUGUUGUUUCUGUACGAUUGACAGUCAUAAAAACCACAAUACAGUGUCUGUGGAUUCAGAAUGGACUAGUAAAAAGAAAGAGUUGAAUGAGAUAAAGGUGGCGUGUCAGAAGCUGAUCCAGGAGCGAGAGAGAGGUCAGCGGGAACUCAGUCAAGCUGUGAAGUCUUUGAAAAGUUCAGCUCUAGAGACCAUGGAGGACGUUGAGAAGGUCUUCACUGAGCUCAUCUGCUCUCUUGAGAAGAAACGCUCUGAGAUUAAAGAGCAGAUCAGAGCUCAGGAGAAGACUGAGAUAGAUCGAGCAGAGGAACUUCACAAACAUCUGGAUCAAGAGCUGACAGAACUCAGAAAAAGACAAGCAGAGAUUGAGAAACUUCUGAUUACUGAUGAUCAGGUCAAUUUUCUAAAGAGCUGUCAGUCUGUGUGUGUUUUACCUUCAUUUGAAGACGUUCCCAGCUUCACUCAACACACUCAUCUGUCUUUUAAAGACAUUUCAAUCUCAGCUUUUAAGGAGGUUUUGGAGGACGCCUGUCAACAGCAAACAGCCAGAAUAUCACGAGAAGUGUCAAAUGUCCAUGUUGCACAAUCUCCAGAACCAAAGACUCCAAGUGAUUGUUUGCAAUAUUUCUGUCAGCUGCACCUGGAUCCAAACACUGCGAAGAACAAACUUGUCCUGUUAGAUGGAAAUAAAAACAUUUUAAGCACAAAAUUAGUCCAGCAGUAUCCUGAUAACCCAGAGCGAUUUAAUAGUUUUCCUAAUGUCUUGUGUCGAGAGGGUUUGUACAGUCGCUGUUACUGGGAGGUCGAGUGCAGUGGGAACGAAUGCGCUAUAGCAGUUUCCUACAAAGGAAUCAGUCGUAAAGGAAACAGUGAUGACUGCAGACUUGGCUUCAACAAAAUAUCCUGGAGACUGUCCUGCUAUCAGCAGAAUGUCCAUUUCAUACAUGAUAAAGCCCGAGUCUCAAUCCCUGCUGUCUGCUCCUCUAGAAUAGGAGUGUAUCUGGAUCACAGAGCAGGAACUCUGUCCUUCUACAGCGUCUCUGACACAAUGACUCUCCUUCACAGAGUCCAGACCACUUUCACUGAACCCUUAUACCCUGCUUUUGGGGUUGGAGAAGGUUCAUCUGUCAGGAUCAUAGAUCAGGAGAACAUUUACGCAACCAGUAGUAGACUGAAUAUAGACAGAAAAAUAUAUUAAAUAAAAAAAAAGUGCUGUUUAAAGGCUAAAUAUUCUCGAAUAAUAAUCAGUGCUGCAUAUUUGGUUUCUUUUAUAUUCAGAGACCCUCUGAUUUCAAGUUUAAAAAUGUAAUAUAAAUAUAAUGAUCAGUCAUGUAAUCAAAUCGUGUAUCAAAAUUCAAUCUGUGGUUUAAACAAAUGUCUCAUUGACAUUAAAUGUAUUAUUAAACCUUUGUGUUGUGUUGUGUUAUGUUAUGUUAUUUUGAUUUUUGAGUUGUCGGAAAUACCAAUUAACCUAUUUUUUUUUCCUUGACAUUUUGUGACUUUUCCUCAUUUAAUGUCAUGAAUAUGCAUACAAAGUUUGAACACGCUGAUGUGUUUUUGACAUAUACACACAUAAUUGCUAUUACGUUUGUCAUGUUCGUGGAUCAGUUUGACCUGCAAAUUUUAAUAGGCAUAUGUACAGACCCAAAAUAAUAACAUUUUUGUUAUUAUAUUUUGUUGUGUUGGUUUUUAAGCCUGGUUUAUUGGGUUUUAGCCUGGUGAAUGUAAAAAGGAGCUUUUUUCCACUUAUUUCAAUAAUGAAAAAUAUUUUGUCAGCUACACAGGUGGUAAAUAUUAGCUAUCAUUUAUUUGUUUUGUUUUUUCAAGCUAUCUGAAAUACUAUCGAACCUGUUAUUUUUCUUGAAAUUUUGUGACUUGAUUUAGGGUCAUGAAC